AGUCAACAAAACCAUCUCUCCUUUCCAUCAAACUCAUCUCCAGGUACUGCACCACUCUCUUCAAGACACGUCUAGGAGACUGCAACUCCAUGCAUUGUUCACACACAUCACCUCGCCUUGAAAUAUCCUCAUCCUGAACUCUUAGGCCAUUUCAAUGGCACCCACAAAGAAAGGUGGCCGCCCUGCAAAGGCCGCCAGUCCUCCAUUGCAGGGAUGCAUCAUCGCCCUCAGCGGUGCCUUUCCUGGCCGUACUCAGCCAUCCGUCGACAAUGAACUCAUCACACCCCUCGGAGGCACUCUUGCAAAGUCCAUCACCGCCGACACCACUCAUCUCGUGACAACUGAAGGUGAUUUUGCCAAGCCCUCAACCAAAGUCACCCAGGCAAAGUCGAAGGACGUCCUCAUCGUUAAUAUGACGUGGUUGGAAGAUUGCCUCGCUGAAAAUGCUAGGAUGGACGAGACCAAGUACUUCUUUGGUGGCUCGGCUGCUUCUCCUUCGGCAGCCCCGCCAUCAACCAACAGCCAGAUCAACGGUAAAGCCAAAGGAAAAGCAGCCAAGAAGCGCGCAGCUUCUGUUGUCGACGAUGACGAUGACGAGGAAGAGGACAAGCCUCAGCCAAAGAAACCCACCAAACCUGCUGGUGCCAUUGCUGCCAACGGAACAUCCUCUCAAGCCGCUGAGGGCCAAACCAAUGUUGCAACAUUAUCUUCCCUCAAGAUUCCCGUUGACGAGGUUUGUGGUCUCACUCACUACCAGGUUUACAUUGAUGAUGACAAAGUCAUCUACGAUGCGUCGUUGAACCAAACCAAUGCUGGCAAUAAUAACAACAAAUUCUACCGCGUCCAGCUUCUUCAUAAUAAUGGUCAUUACCAAACAUGGACUCGUUGGGGCAGAGUUGGAGACAGAGGUCAGAGUAAAAUGCUAGGUGAUGGCAGUCUGAACGAUGCCCUUCGCGAGUUCGACAGCAAGUUCAAGUCCAAGAGUGGACUGGCUUGGGCCAAUCGAGCCGACAAGCCAAAAAGUGGAAAGUAUACUUUCAUUGAGCGAAGUUACACUGAAGACACAGAUGAUGAAGAAGAAACCGAAGCCAAGGUCAAGACCGAAUCCGAGGAGCAAGAAGAGGCACCAGAGUCGAAGUUGCCGGUCGCGGUUCAAGAUCUCAUGGAACUCAUUUUCAACCAACAAUACUUUGCUGCGACCAUGGUGGACCUCAACUACGAUGUCAACAAGAUGCCCCUCGGAAAGUUGGCCAAGAGCACCAUUGUCAAAGGCUAUCAAGCAUUGAAGGAUCUCUCCGAUCUAAUGAAUGACGUCUCGCUUGCCCAGUCAGAGUAUGGCACUGACUACCAGUCCGCCAUCGAGAAUCUAUCCAACUCCUUCUACUCCUACAUCCCUCAUGCCUUCGGACGAAAUCGCCCUCCUAUCAUCAACAACCAAGACAUGCUGAACCGGGAAGUUGAGUUACUUGAUUCGCUGAGUGAUAUGAAGGAUACCGCGAACCUCAUGAAGAAGGAACCAAAGGAUGUCGAGAAGAUCAAUGCACUUGACAGACAGUUUCGUGGCCUCGGAAUGGAAGAAAUGACCCCACUCAAGAAAGACAGUACCGAGUUCGCCGAGCUCAAGAGCUACCUUGUCGAGACAAGAGGUUCCACCCACAACGCUAAUUAUCAUGUCGAUCAGAUCUUCCGUAUCGAGCGUAACGGAGAGAAGGAUAGAUUCGACAAGAGCCCCUAUGCAGGACCUCCACGUGACAGACGAUUGCUCUGGCAUGGAUCUCGUACGACCAAUUUCGGCGGAAUCUUGAGUCAAGGUCUACGCAUUGCUCCACCCGAAGCUCCAGUCUCUGGUUACAUGUUUGGCAAGGGUAUCUACUUGGCAGACAUGUCUUCGAAGUCGGCCAACUACUGCUGCUCUCAUAUUUCCAAUGGUCACGUUCUAUUGCUUCUCUGUGAAGCUGAACUUGGUGAUCCAAAGCAAGAACUCACUGAUGCUUCUUACACCGCCGGUGAGGAUGCCAAAGCCAAGGGAAUGAUAUCAACGUAAGUUUGAUGCCCCAUCUCCUACUAGCUAAUAUUGACUCGGAUCGAGUUGGGGAAUGGGUAUGACCGGACCAAAGGUUUGGAAGGAUGCUGAAGCCAUACACCCUUCUUUGAAAGGCAUCAAGAUCGUGAGUCCAAAUCUGUCCUUGUAUUGACACGCCUUUGAUUUACACUUUUCUAGCCCGAUGUCACAACUCCACCUGGCCCCACUGCUGUCCCUGACGCCUACCUGAUGUACAACGAGUACAUCACCUACGACGUCGCUCAAGUCCGCCUUCGGUACCUCUUCCGAGUGCGAAUGUAGACGUGGACUUGUUGACCGUCCAGGUCUACGAUUCGAGCCAACACAAUUUCCUUCACACCUGUACCAACACAUUUAUUCUGCCGAACCAAUACUACUGCUAGCUCCUACAGAGAGAACUGGGCGCUAGCUGUAUGGCGUCAAUCCGCGAAUAUUAUUUUUUGAAUCAAAAGCGCAUCAUCAUCGAACGAAUUCUAUCACAUCUCUCUGCAUAGAUGAUGGAAACACAUUUCUAUUUGCUCAUUAGCUAGAAUUUAGCUAGACUUGAGAGGUAAAUAGAGCAUAAAUAGCAGACUGACAUAUACUAACACUCUCUCGCGUCCACAUCUAACAACCUGCAAUCUACCGGUGAACAUUCUACAUCUCCUUCUAAAGCCCAAUAAUCUAAUUCGUCGCCUUUUCUACCUUUCCCUUCUCCUCGCAUCCUCGCCACUCCUCCCAUGCCAUCCAUCACCCCACAACUCACCCUCUCCUCCACCUCUCCUCCACCUCUCCUCCACCUCACCUCCUC